AUGCCACGACAUAGUAAAAAAGCGUCGAAAGAUCCAAAUGCACCAAAGCGACCAUUAUCAGGAUAUUUUCUGUUUGCACGUGAUGAACGAUUAAAAAUUAAAUCGACUCAACCAAAUAUUCCUAUGACAGAAACAAUGAAAUUAAUUGGUGAACGAUGGUCAAAGUUGGAUGUUAAUCUCAAAAGUCAUUAUACGAAGUUGGGAGCAGAAGAAAAACUUCGAUAUGACCAAGAAAUGGUUGUUUAUCGACAGAAAACAGUAAUAGUAGAUUCUACUGAAUCAAUAGAAAAAUAA